AUGCAGGAGUACAUCUGCAGCGCUAACGAAAAAGCAGGUCCCAAUGAGCGCCGCACCAUCAGUCGCGAAGACCUCGGUUUCUACAACGCGCUCGUCAUUGGAGCAAUUUACGAGGUUGCGAGUGAAGAGAUAGACGUGAACUCGGCUCAGUCCUUCAUUCCGCCCCUGAAGCACUGCAUCCUGACGUAUCCAUAUCUAAGCGUGGUCGUCAAGGACAAGCAUACCGAAAAGCCAGCCUACGAAGGGGUUUCCACUAUUAAUCUCGAGGACCAUAUCUCUAUAAUCCAUGACAGCGAUAGUCAUGGAGAGACGGCAACUCUUCAGAAGAUCCUGCCACCAAUACUCGACCGGCCAUGGCCUGCUGAUAUUCCACCUUGGCGAAUCGUCGUCCUCCCACUGGUGGCGCCCGAUGACUCCGCAGUGACGCGCUGCUUUAUAGCUUUUGCGUUCUCUCAUACUCUCGGGGACGGCAUGGUCGGACUAGCCUUUCAUCGCACUUUUCUAGACGCAUGGCGACAAAAGACCUGUACGGAUGAGAAGAGGUCUUUCUUAGUGACCCCACCAACUCGAACUCUUUCGGCACCCUUUGACACACCCGAAAGACUUCCCAUAUCUUGGAAGUUUCUACUUGGGCCGUUGAUGGCAGUAUACUUGCCAAAAUCCUUAGCCGGAAUCCUCGGGCUCCGCGCAGCCGCCAGCACAGUCGAUGCCGGUACUUGGACUGGCUCGCGCAUGAGCUUCGACCCGGCCGCCUUCAACAGCAGAGUGAGACUCCUUGAGAUCGAGGCCCCGAUAGUACAAAAGGCUCUGCAGGUGUCGAGAAGCCAUGAUGCCAAACUCACCGCAAUAGUGCAUCAGCUGAUUGUCCGGGCGUUGAGCAAAGCCAUUCCCAACCCUGACAUAACCAAUUUCGUCUCACAGACGGCGGUUGACAUGCGAGGAUCCAUUGGCACCCCAGGCUACACCUGGGGUCUUUUUGUAUCUGGCCAUCACGAGGUAAUUCCGCGUCUAACGCACAUAACGCCUGCGUUGUCGGAUGAGAUGUGGGCGGCUGCAAGCUCGAUGACGAAGAAGCUCGCUGCAUGCGCCACAAGGCUGCAGGACCAAGCAAUUGGCCUGUUGCGAUACGCCCCCAGUAUCAGGAAUUGGACGCUGGGAAAAGUCGGGCAGCGGCGGGAUGGCUCGUACGAAGUGAGCAACUUACUUGCUUUUGAUGACACUGACGACGGUGCAAGUCCCAAAUACAAGAUCAGCAAGAUGGUGUUUGCGCAGCCCGCUAAUGUUCUCAGCGCACCGCUUGUGUUUAACAUCGUCAGUGUCAAGGGACGUAGCUUGGUGUGUGCCGUCAGUUGGCAAGCUGGAGCCUUGGGGGUGCCGCUAGAGGAGGAGGAUCUAUUCGUCGAUGGGAUAUGUUCAUCUCUUCAGGCAGACUUUGAAGCCUUGGGGGAUUGA